UGAGUUCACUUGUAGUGAUUGUUUGCCUUGUGGCACUGCUUUAGUGUUUAACUCAAAUGCUGAAAUGCUCGAGCAAAUUAUAGAAAAUAUAAUAAUAAGAAACAGGGCGAUCACAAAAGGAGUAAAUACUGAGUAAAGAAGCCUUGCCUAUAGGAAAUGAAAAAUGUUGUUCUUAAACAUUCACACAGUCCUCAAGGCUUUUGCAACCACAUGUGACAGCACACGCCUUUUCUUCUGAUGCCAGACUGCGCUCGCUUCUGGAACGGUUCAUCAUCAGUACAGGAAUCUCCUCGGAAGAAAAUAGAAACGGCCUUCGUUGCCAUAGCGAAGCUACUGUCUGUGGCUGGCUAGUAAUUUCAUGCUAGUAACUGAGCACACUUGCGAGACAAAUGGGCUUGCUGUAAAAGACGUCUGUACCUAAAUAGUCUUUGCAUCAUGGAAUUAUGAUACCUGUGAACAUCCGUUCGCACCAUUCCUGAAGACGAUUUGAACGCAUCAGCCAAUCGUGUGUGGAACUGGACGAGCCUAAAGGUUAUAAUCCACCCGCUGCGAAUAUAGAAGUGUUAGCCUUUAGCUAGCGUCAACGUUUGCGGUCCUAUCUAAUCAGGUUUCCCUGGAUCACGUCUUCAUAUGCAAUAAUUCUCGGCACCUUGGACAUUUAACUGGUGAAUGUCGCUAUGGAGAUGCCACACUCAAAGUAGAAACGGUGACUUUAAUGUCAUCGUAAACGUCAUUGUCAAAAUGUCCACAUCAGGGGGAUUGUGGAUAUCAGACAAAAUGUGUGUACUUCGCAAAGAGCACACCUCGACUUUCUGACUGAUACAAGAACUUCGUGGAAAUGGCUGAGAGAUAUCCACUGGCAGAGAAGGCUAUGUCGGAGGGCUAUGCCCGUCUCAGGUACAGGGACACAUCGCUGCUGAUUUGGCAACAGCAACAGUUGGAGCUGGAGAAAGCGCCCCCCGCCAACUACCUCAGCCGGAGCCAGAGCUCCUGGUACAGUCGGUACGGGAACCAGGCGGUGGUUGUACGGGACAAAAACAAGUUAGACGGCACGUCUGAAUCUGGACGCUCAAAAAUAUGUCUGAUUAUGUAAGCGUGUUUGUCAUAUGCAGUGUUUAUUGCCAGCGUUGUGGCAGCUAUAAUCUCGUUACAUCCAGACUAGGAGCACUGAGAUGAUUAGUCUGGGAAUUAUUGCUCCAAAUUAGGAGCAAGGCCUUACACAUGUGCAGACUGUAACUAACCUUGCAGUGUUCUUUUUUUACCCUGGAAAUGCCAUACUGAAUUUACAGUUAUUGUGAUAUUUGCUUGAAAGCCAUCAUAAAGGUGAAAGCGACCAGA